UGCAAAUAUAUUCUAAGAUUCAUACACACACACUGUUCUAUUUAGAAAGAGAAGUAAGCUUUUUGAACAUUGAAAAUGGCAGUUUUGUCCAAGAUUGCUACUAAUGACCGCCACGGGGAAAAUUCUCCUUACUUUGAUGGGUGGAAGGCAUUUGAUAGGAAUCCUUUUCACCUUACUCGGAAUCCUGAAGGAGUGAUCCAAAUGGGACUUGCAGAGAAUCAGCUUUGCUUUGAUUUAAUCAUGGACUGGAUUCGCAAAAAUCCCUGUGCCUCCAUUUGUACUGCUCAAGGAGUUGAUUGGUUCAAGGAUAUUGCAAACUUUCAGGAUUAUCAUGGCUUGCCACAGUUUAGACAGGCUGUGGCGAAGUUCAUGGGAAGAGUGAGAGGUGGAAGAAUAACAUUUGAUCCGGAGCGUAUAGUGAUGGGCGGUGGAGCAACGGGAGCAAACGAGCAAAUCAUCUUCUGUUUAGCCGACCCUGGGGAUGCUUUUCUUGUACCCUCACCUUAUUAUCCUGGGUUCGAUCGGGACCUGGGAUGGCGGACUGGAGUUGAAAUAGUUCCAGUUCACUGCAAUAGCUCAACGAAAUUCCGGAUAACCAGGGCUGCGUUGGAAGAAGCAUAUGAAAAAGCUCGACAAGACAACAUUAAUAUCAAAGGCUUGCUUAUAACAAACCCCUCAAAUCCACUUGGCAUCACCCUAGACACAGAUACACUUAAAAGCUUAGUGAACUUCAUCAAUGAAAAGAACAUUCACCUUGUUUGCGAUGAAAUAUAUGCUGCCACUCUCUUCAGUUCUCCCAAGUUCAUAAGCAUUGCUGAAGUUAUCCAAGAAAUGGAUUGUAAUCGCGAUCUCAUUCACAUUGUUUACAGUUUGUCUAAGGACAUGGGCUUCCCUGGCUUUAGGGUUGGCAUUGUUUAUUCUUACAAUGAUGCAGUUGUGAGCUGUAGCCGCAAGUUGUCGAGCUUUGGUUUAGUGUCCUCACAGACUCAAUUUUUACUUGCUUCAAUGCUUUCUGACGAUGAUUUUGUUGACAAGUUUCUCACGGAAAGCUCAAACAGGCUGGCCAAAAGGUACAAUACUUUUACAGAGAGACUUGAACAAGUGAGAAUCAAUUGCUUGACGGGAAAUGCAGGUCUUUUCUUCUGGAUGGAUUUGCGACACCUGCUUCAACACCAAACAUUUGAAGCUGAAAUGAAACUAUGGCACACGAUUGUGCACGAUGUGAAACUUAAUGUUUCACCAGGCUCUUCCUUCCAUUGCCAAGAGCCUGGUUGGUUUAGGGUGUGCUUUGCAAAUAUGGAUGACGAGACAGUGGAGAUUGCACUGAAAAGAAUUGAAGCGUUUGUGCUUCAAGGCAAGGAAAUUGAGAAUACAACAACAAAGAAACGCUUGCUACCAAAUCUUCGUCUCAGCUUCAAGUCAAGGAUCUGUGAACAGGGCGUUUUGUCACCCCAUGUGAUGUCUCCUCACUCACCAAUUCCUCAGUCGCCAUUGGUUCGAGCAAGGACUUAAUCAGACACAUACAGCUUCAAGCCAAGUCAAUCAUUCAGUUUCUUGAAGAAAUAGCGGUAAAUUUUUUUUCCCAUUAACACAGUAGUCUUUUUGUGGGAGAAACAAAAUUUUCAGUGUGAAAAUUGUGUUAUUGUGUUUGUAGGGUUAAUUCCGCAAGGCAACUAACCCAGGAAAGUAUAAAGGCCAAAAGACUUAUUCCCACCCAAGGUAUAGUGAAUACCCCAAUUCCCACCCACCAACUUUAAAAAACCCUUUCAAUUAAUGUUAGGGGUAGAAUCAUCAUUUAGCAAAAAAUUAAAGUUUUAUCAUAUUUUUCUCUCCCAUAUUUAAAAACUUAUAUUUUCCCGCCCAACCCAAGGUUUGAAAAGUGACAAAAACCCCCCCAGGAUUUGUUCCUCUUCCCCUGGCGUCAAUUUCUCCUUCCCCCUUACCUCUCCUCCUGUCUGAGACGAAUGUGAUUUUGUCUUCGUCUCUGGUCGAAGACGAUCAGAGAGUUAUGAGGAGAGAUAAGAGGGGAAAGGAGGAUGACCGACGGUCGGGAAAGGAGAAAUCGACGUCGGAGGAAAAUGAACAAACCCUAAGGGGGUUUUGGUCACUUUUCAAACCUUGGGUUGGGGGGGAAAUGUAAGUUUUUAAA